AUGGGAAAAGUCUCAUCAAAGCUAUGUGCUGAAUGCCUUAUGCCCUUCUAUAAGCGAUUUUCCACUGUAAAGCUCCAAGAAGAAGAUGUUCAGCCAAUGAUGUCUGAUACUCCCAAAUCUUCUCAAGAUGAGGACUGCUUCUUUUCUAAGACUCCUAUCGAUGAAGUUCAGGAAACUGUGGAGUCAAAUGAUAAUUCAAAUGAGUUGAAUCUACUAUGCUCAUUAGAAAUGAAUAGCAUAACUUUAUUAGUUACCAUUUCUAUUUUUAUUAUAAAUUGAUUGCUUUUAUUUAUUGCAAAUAGGCAUACUCGAUAUAAUGAGUUUAGCGAAAGAAGAAUUUUUAGCUUAUACUCGUGUAUAGCUUUUUUUGCACAUUUGCUUUGAAAGCAAUGAGAGUUGAAAUCGAGGGCAAGGUUUAUUUCCAAGGCAGAACUAUGUAAAAGAAGCAAAGAGCAAUUUAUUCAGUAUUUUAAUUGAACAGAUUAAUAAUUUAAAUCUAUUUAAGAGCCGAUAAAGUGUUUAUUUCUUUAUGAGUUUUUAAUUCUCUGCCUCAUGCACAAUGCUCUAGUUUAUAAGAGUAGCUGUACUAAAGCUCAAAAUAGGGAAAUCUGCAAUAUGGACAUGCUCUGAUUGACUAAUGGCAGCAAUACUGAUGCAUAGGCUGAGAACAGCAGAUUAUGCACCUAAGUCCGAUAAUGCAAGGCAGGAGUCGAGGAUUUUCAACAGCUGCAAGAGAUCCUGAUUCCAAGGAUAAGCUAGCAAAAACUUCUUCAAUGUUUUCUGCCAGGAACCUCUUACAGUGCCACUUUUCUUAAAACUAGGCAAACGAGCUGUCAUCGAAACAAUAAGUGAGAAUUUAAAAUUAUCACUGACUGGCCUACUUGGACUACUCUUUUGCCUAGAGCUAAGAAAAGUGGUACUGUGAGAGGUUCCUGGCACAAAACAUUGAAGAAGCUUUCCUAGCUUAUUCUUGGAAUCAGGAUCUCUUGCAGCUGCUGAAGACCCUCAGCUUCUGUCUUAAGCUAAUAUCUGCUUCGCAAGAAGGCUAUGACUUAGGUUCGUGUCUGCUAUUCUCAGUCCAUGCAUCAGUAUUGCUGCCAUGAGUCAAUCAGAGUAAGCCCAUAUUGCAGAUUUCAAUAUUUUGAGCUUCAGGACAGCUACUCUUAUGAAGCUAGAGCAUUGAGCAUGAGCACAGAGAAUUAAAUAAUUCAUAAAAAAUAAACACUUCAUCAGUUAUUAAUCUGUUCAAUUAAAAUACUGAAUAAAUUGUUCUUUGCUUCUUUUACAUCGUUCUGCCUUGGAAAUAAACCUUGCCCUCUAUUUCAACUCUUAUUGCUUUCAAAGCAAAUGUGCCCAAAAAGCUAUACCUCUAAGCCAUGAUGGCUGCGAAGAAUUAGUCAACAAGGAUAGCUGCAUUGUGUACGGCAAAGAUUUGCCAGGAGGAUUUUUACUAAAAGCCGAAUGAAUGAUUCCUUAUACAGGAAAAGAAUUUAUCGACUUUUUCCAAGACAUCGAAGAGCGUCCAAAAUGAGACACAAAUAUUUCCCAAAUAAAAAUAAUAAGCCAGCCAUCUCAGUACAUAAAUACCACUUAUACAACUUUUAAAAAAGUUCUUACAAUAUCGCCAAGAGACCUUAUACUAACUUCAGCUGUCUUUGAAACAAAUGAUGGGAUUUUAUUAGUAAGCAAAAGCAUGGAAAACCAAGAAUUCCCUGAAAAAGAAGAAUUUGUGAGGAUGAAUAUCGAACUAGGUGGAUAUUUCAUACAAAGUAUCACAGAAACCACAGAUGGGAUGAAAAGCAAAGUUUUCAACAUCACAAAAGGAGACUUUGGAGGCUCGCUACCAAAAAGAAUGAUUAAAAAAAUGACUGCAAUGGCCCUUCCAGGUCUCACAAAAUCUAUUCUUAAAGCAAUGAAGAAAAAAUCAGAGCUAGAACUGUAA